AUGCAACGGUUUUGGAAUCUGGAAGAGUGCCCUGCCUCAAAAAUUCUUUCGUCAGAAGAACAAGCUUGCGAAGAUCACUACACAAAACACACCACUCGAGGUCCAUCUGGACGAUACAUUGUCUCACUUCCCCUCAAACAUACAGAGCUCAGAUUAGGCGACACGUACAACGUAGCAUAUACCCGAUUUUUAGCGCUAGAACGGUCCUUAGAUAAACACGCGGAUCGAAAAGCACAAUACCGCGACUUUCUGAACGAGUACGAAAAACUCGGAUAUAUGACUGAAAUUCAAGACGAGCGCACUGUCGGUUGUUACCUUCCUCACCAUCCAGUCGUCAAAACGGACAGUAUCACGACUAAGAUACGAGUCGUAUUUGAUGCGUCAGCGCGUUCAUCGUCAGGCACCUCAUUGAACGACAUUCUCAUGGUCGGGCCGACAAUACAGGAUGAUCUGUUCGCUAUCAUCAUGUGA